GUCAGUGGCCCUAUAAACCCCAACAGCAACAAAACAACAGCGAUGUACUGCUAAUGGCUGCUGUGUAAGUCAAAAAUAGUAAUAUGGCAGCUCCUAUUCACAUACUCUCUUCAUCAGAUAGUGAUUCAGAAGACAGUGUACCUGAUCUGAGAACUCGUCUGAAAUCAUUGGUAUCGCAGCCAUUCCUUAGUGUUGACAAGGAAAGUAAUUGUGACGAAGAAAAAAAGAUUGUUGAAGAUGAUGACCUUUUUGUUCUUAGUGAUAAGAUUAACAAACAAAGGUUUCCAAAAAUACCAGAUGAUUUUGAUGAUGAAUUACCAGAGAUCCAUGAUUUCACUCUCCUUGAAGACACCUCUAGAGGUAUAGCAGAUAGUCACCAAGAAAAGGUAGAGAAUACUGCUACUGGCUACUCAAAAAGAAAGUUACUUCAAGAAAAUGCCAGAGAAGAGAAAGAAGCCAAGCGGAAAUGUCGUGAGGAAGAAAAACUUAGGCGGGCUGUUGAGAAAGCUGAAGCCAAAGCACGGAAAGAGACAGAGAAAGCAUACAAACAAGCUAUGAAACCAGGAGAGUGUAUGAAGUAUGUGGUAGUUCACCUGGAUCGUCAACUGUUGGAACUUGCAGAAGGAAGUCAAAUAAUCAGCCAACUGCAGAGUGCAGAAAUUCGCUACAGAGUUAUUGAUUCCCCUGUACCUCUGACCAUGACAAUAAUGAGGGUUGAUCCUGUUACACUUCAGGAAACCCCAGCAGACGAAGCAGUGAUAGUAAUGGCUGUGAGUGAGUUUGUUGACCUUAUUAAACAACAGAUGUACGAAGAUGGUGUGGAGGGACUGUGUCGUCGAUGCUGCCUAUGGAAAAGAAAAUUAAACAUUGCUAAAUUGACACUAGUUGUUUGUGGCAUUGAUAUGUAUUUAAGGAAUCGUAAGACAAGCAAGCAACAAAACUUCAGAUCUGCUGUACUGGGAGAAACAUCAAGGCCAGUAAGAGGGAGGAAAAAGAAAUCUGUAAACGAAUUUCAUGGAACUGCUGAAGCAUCUGUGAGCAGAGUUGACAUAGAGACUGCCCUCGUGAGUGCACAGCUGCAGUGUAGCCUCAAUCACAGAUUAUUGGAGGAUGCUAAUAAAGUAGCCAUGUUUAUUCUCCAAGUUACCAAAGCUGUGGCUGAAGCACCUUUCAAACAUGAAAAGGGAAAACCAUCAUUUUCUUGGUAUGCUGAAGGAAGCAGUACAAACACUGUGAAGGUAGACAAAUCAGGAGUGGGCUUGCUAAAACUCUGGCAUCAACAGCUUCGGCAGUUUAACAAUGUUGGAGUGGAAGUUGCACAGGCAAUUGCUCGCGAGUACCCCUCUCCUCAGGCCUUGAUCCAGUCAUACAGAAAAUGCCAAACAUUUCGAGAUGCAUCACUGCUGCUUGCGGAUAUUCCUGUUCGGCGGGGAGCUGGUCCUCUUGUUUCCACAAGAAGAGUUGGUCCAGAGCUCUCAAAGAAGAUCCAUUUAUUUUUCACAACGACAGAUCCAGAAGUCAGUUUAGGGCAGACAUUAUGAAACUUGCAGAUAAAUUACUGAAUGUAAUAAAAUAAAU